AUCAUUCGCCAUUGCUAGACGAAAUUUUUUUCGAGCAAAAAAAGUGGCUGGUGAAAAAGGUGAAAAGCGGAAAAGAAGCGUGCCAUUUUAGCUAGCAAAAAGACCCAGAAGUAAGGCUUACUUUUGCGAAUCAGUAGAGAGUAUUGGUAGAUAGAACUAAUUGAAGAAGAAGAACAAGAUGCGCGGACGCGGAGGAUUCAUUCCACGUGGUGGUGGCACCACUCGCGGCGGCUACUACAACAAUCGCAACUCGAGCAACUAUGUGAACACCCGAACCCAGGGCAAUUACCGCCCCAAUAAUGGCCGGUAUGAGAACAACUACCACAACAACAACAAUCGCUACAACAACAACAACAGCGGCGGCGGCGGAGGAGGCGGUAAUAGCCACUAUGACAAUCGGAGCCGGGACAAGUUCACCCACCACAAUUCGAGCAGCGGGCGCUACGAGUCCAGCUCCUCGGGCCACAAGCGCAGCUACGACUCAUCCCGCGAUCGCAACGAUGACCGCAAACGCCCGCGCCAAGACGAUUACCGUCGCACGUCCUCGUCGAAUGAUCGCAGCGAUCGACCCUCGUCCUCGUCGCAGAACAUUGGCUCCUCGUCGUCGAACUAUCAUCAGCGUAGCAGCACCGGCGGUGGUGGCAAUAACGGCGCAGGCGGGAGCUCAAGCUCCUACCGUCCUCGCGAUGAUUCCACCAGUGGCAGCCGGCACCAGAGGGACGGAUCGAUGGGCCCGCCAAAGCGGAUGAUGCGCAGCGUGGCCGGCACCAACUAUAUAUCCCGACCCCGAGGCACAAUGUCGAUGAGGGGCGGCAUGAUGCGAACCGGGAUGCGGGUGGGAGCCAUGCGCGUUGUCCGCACUCGGGUCAACGAGUCGAAUGACCUGCGCACCAUGCGCCGCCAGUUGCUCUAUGCACAGCAGAAAGACCGGGCCCGCCUGCUCAAGAUUCAGCAGCUGAAAAGCUCGUUGCGACGACAACGCCAGGGCGGGAAUUCCAGCGACGAUUCCAGCGGCAAUGAGGACAAGGACGGCGAAGAUGCUGAGAAAAGCAAGAAGAAGAAGGGCAAGGACAAGGACGCCGAUGGAGGCGAUGACUCUGACGAUGAUGAUGACGACGACGACGAUGACGAUGAGGACGAUGAUGAUAAGGACGAUAAGGACCAAAAGAGCAAGAAGUCGUCGCCCGGUAAAAAGCGCAGCAAGUCGGCCAACAACGAUGACAAGAGCGACGCCGAAGGCAACGAAGAUGACGAUGAGCACGGCGAUGACGAUGAGGAUAAGGACCUGAAUGAGUCCGAUCCCAAGAGCGCCAAGGCCGAUGACGCCUCCGAUGACGAGGAUGUCAAGGCGAAGGCCGAUGGUGAGGGCGGCGAUGGUGACAAGUCGGAUGACAAGGCCAAGUCGUCGUCGGCCGAUAAGUCAGGUAAGAAGAAGGACAAGGACGACUCGAAGGACUCCAAGUCGAAGAAAUCGUCGUCCAGCAAGAAGGAGCGCUCGUCGCGCAAGGACAAGGACGAUUCGGACGAUGAUCGCAGCAAGGAGCGACGCAGCUCUCGUCAUCGUGAUGAGGACCACAACAAUCGCAAGCGCAGCUUCAUCAAGCUCAUUUGCGUCCAUUGCCGCAUCAAGUGUGUGACCUUUAAGGAGUACAACUACCAUCUGAACUCUCGCUCGCACAAGAACUCCAUGCGCCAGGUGGCCCUUAACCAGCGAGCCGACCUGCAACGCAUGCGAGCCCGCCAACGCACCACGCAGCGCGAGAUCGAGGAGAACAGCAAGGAGGAGCACGAGUCGCGCUACUGCCGUCUCUGCCGCCUGGCCUACCGCCAGCCCAAGAAUCUGCACCAGGCCUCCGAGCACCACAAGACCAUCAAGAAGUUCUUAAUGCCUUACUGCGGCUCCUGCCACCUGGCCUUUAAAAACGCCAUGCUCUACGAGAACCAUCGCUGCUCCCUGGAGCACAUUAGGAACAAGGCCCGCAACGAUGAAUCCGGAUCAGAUGAUAGCGUGGAUGAGCGCGAGAUUGAUUUGAACAAGUUCCACACUGUGGACUCGGUGGGCGAGAUCGAUGUGGAUAUGAUCGACGCCGAUGUGGACGCCAUGGUGACUGAGGCGGAAACAGCUCUGAAGAGCGAGGAUGAGGAGACUCGCAAGCGGGCACUGAUUGGCCCUGACUUUAUCAAGACCAUCGAGGCAUUCUACUGCGAGUUGUGCAACCACUAUUCCAGCAAGACUGACGACGUAUCACUGGAGGACUACACCAAGAAGCAUUGCUUGCAGCAUUCCCACGUAAAGGCUUUCCUGCGCAACAAGGAGGAGACCGAAAAGAAGAAUAAGGCGGAGGAGGGCGAUGAGGAAGACCACGAUGAGGACCAGAAGGGUGGUGAUGAUGAGGCGGAGGGCGAUGAGGAGAUUGAUGGCAAGAUCAAAGAGGAUGAUGACGAAGACUAUGGCGAUGGAGAUGGAGAAGAUGGCGAUGAGACCCAUGAUGAAAAGUUAUGGGAGGAGGUGGACAAGGAUCUGGGAGAUCUCCUGGCGGAAGUGGAGCCCCUGGGGCAGCAGGAAGAUGAAGAGGACGAGUCCGUGCUUAACAUUGACAUUGAAAGCGAGAAAAACAAGCUUAAAGACGCCAAAGAGGAAGCGAACGGCGAUGACGAUGAGGGAGCAGCUAAAGACAACGCGCCGGUGGCCAAGUCGCCGGAGAAAAAGCCUGCUGUUGCGCCAGCCACGCCAACGGUCAAGACCACCGCUGCCGCCAAGCAGCCGGCCAAGAAGGCAACGCCCAAGCCAGCUGCCAAAGCGGCCAAACCUGGUCCAGCAUCCACGAAGCGCAAUGUCUUGGUCAGUGUGAAGCGCACCUCGGCGGCCACCAUUAAGGCUGCCACCAAGGCAACCAAUGCGGCAAGCGAGUCCAAGUGAGCGACACUUAAGCAGCAGCAGUAAUAUAUUAGUAACAGCAACAACCAAACCCAGUGAUUGGGUUGCUACAAACAUAUUUCAAAUAUAUAACUAAACUAUAAUGUGCUCAAAAUAAGUGCACACGAAUGCCCAACCAGAGCUGCUCUGUCAUCUGGCCACCGAGCCCAGCCUGCUUAAUAAAUGUCUAGACCUAACUAAGCCAA